GUUCCAACGUUGGACAGACUUGUGCUGUCGUUGGUGUGUAUUUCACCCCCGCAGGAAAUAAUCCCCUCACAAACUAGUAGCUCUUUUACUUUUAGCUGUACGCCCGCAGAAAAAAAAAUGUCUGAGCCAGUGAAGCAGACGGCGUCCGUCUCGGACACUCUCUUCACCACCCUGGAGAGGGAUUUCAACGAGGCCAUGUCGGCCUUGGAGGGUGAAGAGUCACUCGGUCACUUCCGUCUCGAGUACGAAAAGCUCUACCGCGCACUCAAGAAGAGCCACACCUCGGAGAAGCAAAUUGUCGCGCAGUGUCAACAGCUCACCCAGGAACUGCUCUCCAAUGCGGCAAAGAUGCAAGCGGCGGUGAAGCUGUCGCAGGGCGACCACAGCACCAUUGAGGCCCUCAAGAAGGAAAUCGAGAAGGCGUGGCGGACCGUCGACGUGGCGAACGAAAAGGACCACCGCGCGCGCGAGAUGGUGCAGACGCUGAAGCAGGAGAUCCAGUCUUUGCAGAGCAUGAUUCACGACGGCACGAAUGUCUCCACCGACACCACCUCCACCCUCGAGCAGCUCAAACUGGACAACAAACGCCUCCUUGUGGAGGGAGAAGAGAUGUCGAAGCAGGUGGACACCUACUCGAAGGAAAUCGCGGAGCUGACGACGUCUCUCACGGCGCGGAAAGCGGCGACGGAGGCCGAUGAGCUGGAGAAGAAGCAGCUGGCCCAGCGGCUAGAGUUGGUGCGACAGGAGUACAACCGCGAGCGCAACGCCCGCGAGCGUGCGGAGUACCAAUGCAGGGAGUUGCUUCUCACCCUCAAAGCACGCCAGAAGGCGCUGCAGGAUCGCAAAGAGCGCCUCAACGCCGUCGAGGCCGCCGUGACGAGCCAGCAGACGGAGCUAGAGGACUUGCAGCGCAGGAAGACGACACUGCAGCAGCAGCUCGACACGGCGGACAAUCAGCUGUACCACACUCGGCAGUCGUACAACGAUAGCGUCGACACCACGACGGCCCUGAACGCGCGACUGCAGCAGCUGGAGAAGCAGAACACCGCUACCGAGAAGAAGGUCGUUGAGGCGCGCGAGGAGUGCGUGCGGGUGUCGCGGAUUGAGGAGCGCGACUUCCGCGAGUUCGACCGCCUGAAGCAGCAGAUCGACAGCAUUCGCAGAGACGAGGAAAAUUUAUCAUACCAAGAAGAAACGGUGCGCAAGCGCAUCGCCGCGGUGCAGCGGGAGAAGACGAACCUCAAGGAAGCGAUGGAGCUACUCAACCGGGAAUGUGUGCUGCUGGAGAAGAAAGGCGCUAAGGAGGUAUCGUUGCAGGCCGACACGCUAAAGCUGGUGAAGAACGAGACGGACCAUCAAGCGGAACUGGAGGAGUCCAUUGCACAGGAGACCGAGGUCGGCCGUCGACUGAAGGAGACCCUGCAGCGCCUGGAGAAGGAACGGGAGAACUGUGUCGCGGAAGUGUCGCAGGUGAGCGGGCAGUUCAACGGCGCUGCCGAGGAGCUGAAGAUCGCCGCCGUGCAGGUGGAUGAGGCGCAGCGCAAGCUCGAGGAGAGUGAGCGGCGUCUGACACAGCAGCAGGCGAAGUACGAACAGGUACGGGCGGAGCGCAAUCAGCUGUCGAAGCGGCUUGUCGAUGCGCAAGACGAGAUUGUGGAGUGCCGGCAGCGAGUGAAGGUGGCGGAUCAUCAAGUGCAGCAGUUUAAGGAGGAGCUGGCACUGAAGACACGCAAGUGCCAAACGGACACCUCGCAAUACAAGGUGUUGAAGGAGCGACUGACCAAGGCGCGCCAGCUCGUCAACGACAGCACCGCCGGCUUCGACGCGACGAAAAGGGAGGGCGAACGCAUUGGACAGGACAUUAAGCAGCUCGUGAAGGUGGUGCAGGAGUGCGACACAAACUUGUCCACGCAGCAGCACGAAUUUUUGAAGAUGAGCAACGAGCGCGAUACCCUCGCAGCCCAGCUGAUCCGCCGCAACGACGAGCUCGGCCUGCUGUACGAGCAGCUGCGCCUCCUACAAGCAACGGUGAACGACGGCGAGGCGGCUUACCGCGACCGCCUCGAUGAUCUGCGGCUCUUGAACCUCAAGUCCAACGAGAUUCAGCAUCAAUCGGUGCUGGCGCAGGUCCGCGGCCGCGUUGUGGCGGCUACAAAAGACCGACUGAAAGAGAAACAAAGGGACGUGCUGCUAGAACAGGCCAGAGUAGCCGCGUUGGCAGAGGAGCUGGAGAACUCGCAGAACGGCUCGCGCUGGCGUCGUGUCGGUGGAACAGAGCCGACGAUGGCCGAGCUAGAGUCGAAGAUGAAGGUGCUGCAACGGCACCUCUUGACGAAGUCCGAGGAGUGCAUGAAGCAGGAAAUGGCGCUAGAGGAGAAGCAGCGUCUCGUGUUGGAGUUGCAGGCGAUGUCGUCUCGCCAGCACGGUCCGGAGGUUGCACAGCAGUUGAACGUGUACCAGAAAGACCUGCAGAAGAAGCACGCGCAGAUGAAGCAAAAGGCGUCGGAAAUCAACAUGACGGCGACGCAGACGGCGGAGUUGCGGUACGAGGUCGCGCGGCUGCGGCGUGAGCUGGAGGAGAUGCGGCAGAAGUACUACGACAUGAAGGUGAAAAAUGAUGCACUCCUCGCUUCCGCCACGGAGAACACGGUGUGA